CCGGCGCGCCGUAGCUCGAGAGGCGUUGAGUGUUGUGGUAGAAACCCUUCUCCCGACAGCUAACGUCACCCAGACAACAACAACAACAACAACAACAGCUCCUCUCCUCUGAACUCACGGCAGCGGAAGGCCGCCGCGGGGGGGAUCGUUACCGGGACGGGAGGAAGAGGCAGGUGUUCGACCAGGUGACUCCUGUCGGUCAGUAUGAGCUCCAAGGGAGGAGGAACCGCUCUGACCCGCCGCAACUACAGGCUGGCUUCAGACACCGACAAACCCAAAGCCACAGGUAUCGUGAAUGAGAAGUUGCUGAGUGACUACCUGCACCACGUGUUUCCCUGCACCAAACAGACUCCUGCCCCGGCCCCCAGGAAGCCUCUUGGUUUCCAGGAGCUCGGCGCUCACCUGGAGAGAUUGUUGUCCGAGGGAGAACCCGCCGAGGAGAGUGCAGAUCAGCCGCUCGAAGGCCGCCUCGGCCCUCAGCCCGUCGUCCUGGAUCACACCAGCGGCUUUGAAGGACUCCUCUUCGUAGACGACGACCUGCUGGGGGUCAUCGGCCACAGCAACUUCAGCUCCAUCAGAGCCACCACAUGUGUUUACAAAGGGAAAUGGGCCUACGAGGUGCUGAUCUCCUCCCAGGGUCUGAUGCAGAUCGGGUGGUGUACACUCAACUGUCGCUUCAACCAGGAGGAGGGUGUUGGCGACACUCCGGACUCUUACGCUUACGAUGGGAACCGAGUGAGGAAGUGGAACGUGACGACGACUAACUACGGGAAGUCGUGGGCGGCCGGAGACAUCGUCAGCUGUUUGAUAGACCUGGACGAGGGCACCAUCACGUUCUGCUUGAAUGGCCAGUCUCUGGGCACGGCGUUCACCAGCAUCAAGACGGGCCCGGGCGUCGCCUACUUUCCCGCCAUCAGCCUGUCCUUCAAAGAGUCGGUGGCUUUCAACUUUGGCAGCCGGCCCCUCAGGUACCCUGCAGACGGCUACCUGCCCCUCCAGAACCCCCCCACUGCAGACCUGGUGAAAGCUCACAAGCUGCUGGGCUACAUCAAGAACGUCCUCUCCACUUCCAUCGACACGCAGGAGGAGAGGCUGCUGGAGAUGGACUGCUCCUCCUGGAGGCUUCAUGGAGAAGCUACAGUCCUCAUCACCCUGGCUCACAUCUUCAACCACUUCGCUCCCCUCAUGUGUAAAGUGUACCUGGUGGAGGACGUGCUGAUGAACUUCCUGUUGGGGAUUCUGGAGGGAGGAGGUUCCGUCGAUGAGCACCAGCUCAUACAGCAGCUUCUGGAUCUCUUCUGGCUCCUGAUGGAGGACUAUGAAGUGAACGAGUGUCUGAAGCAGCUGAUGAUGUCGCUGCUGAGAGCCUACAGAUUCUCCCCCAUCAUCCCCGAUCUGGGCUUCCAGAUCCACUACCUGCGUUUGACGACGGCCAUCUUGCACCAUGAGAAGUCCAGGAAGUACCUUCUCAACAACGUCCUGUUCGACGUGCUGCGUUCAGUCGUGUUUUUUUACAUCAAGACGCCUCUGAGGGUGAAGGAGGCGGGGCUAGAGGAGCUCAUCCCGACCACCUGGUGGCCCACGCACUUCGACAAGGAGGGGAAAGAUGAGCGGGAGCCCAAAGACGAGAGCGCAGAGGAGCGACUGAGACGCAGAGCGUACGAGAGAGGCUGUCAGAGGCUGAAGAAGAGGAUCGAAGUGGUGGAAGAGUUGCAGGUUCAGAUCCUGAAGUUGCUGCUCAAUAACAAAGACAGAACUACGGGGGAAGCUUCUCGCUACAUCUUCCUCAAUAAGUUCCGGAAGUUUCUCCAGGAAAACGCCAGCAACAGAGGGCACCCCACCGCUCUGUGCCCUCCGGAGUACAUGGUGUGUUUCCUCCACCGCCUCAUCACGGCGGUGAGGGCCAGCUGGGACGACGGCAUGAGGAAGAGCACGAGCAGCAUCCGCAGCGAAGAGGCCUACGUCCCGCCGCAGCUCUUCUACAACGGCAAGGUGGACUACUUUGACCUGCAGCGGCUGGGGGGGCUCCUGUCCCACCUGAAGAAGACCCUCAAAGAUGACUUGGCCAGUAAAGCCAACAUCAUCAUCGACCCGGCAGAGAUCCAGGCCACGUCGAUGGACGACCUGGACGAGGACGAGGAGAGCGGAGCAGCUCAGAGGCCCUUUGGUGCGGCGGCGAUGGGCGGGGCCCUGGCGAGGCCCACCUGGUUGAGCUCCCCCACUCUGGGUCGAGCCAACCGCUUCCUGAGCACGGCCGCCGUCAGCCUCAUGACCCCCAGGCGACCCCUCACGCAGCCGGAGAAGGUGAAGGUCCGCACGCUGGCCGUGGAGCAGAGGACCGAGGAGGACAGUGAAGGAAGCCAUGGUAACGACGGCCUGUUGCUGGGGCGACCGCUGGCGGAGCCCAACCAGCCAAUGGCAGACAAGUCCCUGCUGGAGAUAGUUGACGGCAUCGUGAUGAUGUACAACCUGAGCGUCCACCAGCAGCUCGGGAAGAUGGUGGUGGUGUCAGACGACGUCCACGAGUACGCCGUUGCUCUGAAGGACACGGAGGAGAAGAUCGCACGAUGCCCCGCCAGAAGACCAGACAUCCUGGACGAGCUCCAGAAGAGCCAGAAGGUGUUUGCGGAGAAGCUGAACCACCUGUGCAGGAGGCUGGCCUGGAUCAACGCCACCAUCUACUCCAAGGAGAAGAUGCUGGACGUGUACUGGCUGCUGUGCGUCUGUAUCCGCACCAUCGAACACGCCGACAACACCGGCUCGCUGUUCGCCUUCGCUCCGGAGUUCUACCUCAGCGCCGCCAUGAACGCCUACAGCGCACUCAAGAACUACUUCAGCCCCGCCAACAGCAUGGAGGACCUGCCGGGCUACGAAGAAACCCUGACGCAACUAGCCGCCAUCCUGGCCAAGCACUUUGCUGACCCACGCAUAGUGGGAACAGACAUCAAAGACUCUCUGAUGCAGGCCCUCGCCAGCUACGUCUGUUACCCACAAUCCCUCAGGGCAGUGGAGAGGAUCCCAGAGGAACAGCGCGUUGCCAUGAUGAGGAACCUGCUGGCGCCGUACGAACAGAGGCCCUGGGCGCAGACCAACUGGAUCCUGGUCAGACUGUGGAGGGGUUGUGGUUUCGGUUACAGAUACACGCGUCUUCCUCACCUGCUGAAGACCAAACCUGAGGACGCCAACCUGCCCAGUCUGCAGAAGCCGUGCCCGUCGCUGCUGCUGCAGGGUCACAUGGCGGAGCUGCUGAGCGUGGACAAGGACAUGGCCGCCUCGUUCCUCAACAGCGUCCUCAACCAGCUCAACUGGGCCUUCUCCGAGUUCAUUGGCAUGAUCCAGGAGAUCCAGCAGGCGGCGGAGCGCCCUGAGAGGAACUUCGUGGACACCCGUCAGCUGAAGGUGUGCGCGACCUGCUUCGACCUGUCCGUCAGUCUGCUGCGGGUUCUGGAGAUGACCGUCACUCUGGUUCCAGAGAUCUUCCUGGACUGGACCCGCCCGUCCGCAGAGCUCCUCCUCAGACGGCUCGCCCAGUUGUUGAACCAGGUGUUGAACAGAGUGACGGCAGAAAAGAACCUGUUUGAUCGGGUGGUCAACCUGAGACUGCCAGGUCUGGAGAGUGUGGACCACUACCCGAUCCUUGUGGCCGUCACCGGCAUCCUGGUCCGAAUCCUGGUGGACGGAGACAGACAGGGGAUUUCCCGGGCGGCCUCCGUCCUGCUCUCCGACCCUUGCUUCCAGCUCCACUCCAUCCAGCACCUGUUGGGUGAGGGCGGGGGUGACCCCUCCGCGGUCUCCGCCACCGCCUCCCGCGCCCGCCCGGUGGUGGGUUCCUUGGGGUCCGGCGUGGCCCCCGUGAUCCCCUCGGCCGCCGCUGUGGAACGGAAGCACUUCUCGCUGCACGCAUACACGGACUACAUCAGCGAGGAGGAGAAGCAGAAGGUGGAGCGGAUGUUGGCGUUCCUCACCGAAGAAUCCAAGCAGGCUGCCGCCAGCACCGCUCCGACCAGCGAAGAAGACCUCUGCCCCAUCUGCUACGCUCACUCCAUCUCCGCCGUCUUCAAGCCCUGCUCCCACAAGUCCUGCAAAGCCUGUAUCAACCAGCACCUGAUGAACAACAAGGACUGUUUCUUCUGCAAAGCCACCAUCACCGGGGUGGAGGACUACAGCAAGCCGGCCGCCUCCUAGCACGCACGCGCACGCACACGCACACGCACACGCUAGCUGUGUGAAGGGCCGAUGUGUCCAAGAGCCUCUCACUCACCGGUGAACCCAAAGAUUUCUCACAGAGGUCUGAACUGUUUGUGCAGGAUUGCUUUUGUAGGUUUUUUUUUUUUUUUUUGUGUGGAAACGAUGAAAUAAAUGAAUAACUGUUUUGUUUC